UCAGGCUUAAGGGUUUAUACUCAUUCUUUUGAAAACCAUACUUUUAUAUCUUUUUAAAUCUGAAAGGUGUGAGCUUACAAAACCUCUGUUAAUACUAAACUCGUACAGAUAAACUCUGAGGUGGUUUAGUUGCAUCCUUUCUUGCCACUUUUAAAUCAAAUUAACUAGAUACUCAGAGAGCAGAGCAAAGGAAAAUGCAUUUUCGCAAGGUAUCUGACUGGUGAGAAGCAGAGCUGCGGCAUAAAGAACCGGCAGGAAUCCGGGCUUUCCCACUCUGGUGGCAAAGAGGGGGAAUCAUGGGUUGGUGGUCUGCUUCAUGUUAGGAGGACACCCCUCCAUCUGUUCACAGCUCAGCCUCUUUCCAAUUUAAAGCCCAGAUUUCCAUACAAACCUCAAUUUCUUUUCCCCAUUUUAAAUGCAAAGCAAGGCUUGUGAAUCACAGAGUCUCGGCUACUGGGAUUCAGACCAAAUUUCCCCCCAAAAUUCUCAGGCUCUUUGCUUGAAUACCUGCUUACAGUGGUACACAAUGGGCAGCUUUGAGAAGAAAAAUUGAUAAUCUUCACGGAAGAGUAAUUUGAAUGAAAUUACACUUGACAGCCUGUCUCCAAGCAAACAAGAGGCGCGAGGGAGCCUUAGCUAAGCUCGGAGGACUUGCCCAAGCCACUGCUGUGGGAGCUUCCCAGGGAAAAAAAAAUCACCAGUUUUUCCAACAUCUAAUUGAGCUUUUGAUUAAUUCCGUGUACCAGAUUCUACUGAAGAAAGGUAGCCAUGGAAGAGAAUAUGGAAGAGGGACAGACACAAAAAGGGUGUUUUGAGUGCUGUAUUAAAUGCCUGGGAGGCAUUCCCUAUGCCUCCCUGAUUGCCACCAUCCUGCUCUACGCUGGGGUAGCCCUGUUCUGUGGUUGUGGCCAUGAAGCACUCUCUGGAACUGUCAACAUUCUGCAAACCUACUUUGAGAUGGCAAGAACCGCUGGAGAUACACUCGAUGUCUUCACCAUGAUUGACAUCUUCAAGUAUGUGAUCUACGGCAUCGCGGCUGCCUUCUUUGUUUAUGGCAUUCUGCUGAUGGUGGAAGGUUUCUUCACGACUGGUGCCAUCAAAGAUCUCUAUGGGGAUUUCAAAAUCACCACUUGCGGCAGAUGCGUGAGCGCCUGGUUUAUUAUGCUGACGUACCUUUUCAUGCUGGCCUGGCUGGGGGUCACGGCUUUCACCUCCCUGCCCGUCUACAUGUACUUCAAUCUGUGGACCAUUUGCCGAAACACCACCUUAGUGGAGGGAGCCAAUCUCUGCUUGGACCUUCGUCAGUUUGGGAUUGUGACAAUUGGAGAGGAAAAGAAAAUUUGUACCGUCUCUGAGAAUUUCCUGAGGAUGUGUGAGUCUACUGAGCUGAACAUGACCUUCCACUUGUUCAUUGUGGCACUUGCUGGGGCUGGGGCGGCGGUUAUUGCUAUGGUUCACUACCUUAUGGUUCUGUCGGCCAACUGGGCUUAUGUGAAGGAUGCCUGCCGGAUGCAGAAAUACGAGGACAUCAAGUCGAAGGAGGAGCAAGAACUCCAUGACAUCCACUCUACUCGCUCCAAAGAGCGGCUCAACGCAUACACAUAAAUAAACCCUUCCUGUCCCUCCUGCCAUUCAGAUGCAUUGGUGUUUAACUAAGGGCCAUCCAACCAUCCAACCUUUUGAAAACUAAAAUGGAAGUGCUUCUCAUCAAUGAUAUGUAGGGUGACUUAUGACUCACCUGAACACAAUUCCUUGUUGUUUAGCACUUGAUUUCCUAAUCUGUUAAAUUGGUGUGAUCAGAUCUCUUCUACAAGCUCCUAUCCAGCCUUUACCUUUUUUUUAAAUUUCUCCAACUCAUUUAAUAAUUCUGUAAGAUUGAAGAUACUAACAUUGUCAAAUGCAGAGAUUUAUUUGACUUUUAACCGCUUCCCAUGUGUUAAUACGUAACACCUUUUGCAUUAUUUCUUAUGUUUUGGAAAGAAAAAUAGCUUUUUAUACUUUUUAGUUUCGAUUUCGGUAACUAGUUUAACUACAGGUAACCUUCAAAGGGACCACUGUACAUUAUGAACAAUAGACAGAGAUGGUAUCAUGAUGACUCUUCUUGAAAUCUGGAAAUCCCGUCUGGAGAUCAGGGGCCACGUUCAUACAGGCCCUGGUUCAUGUUUUCAUCAAUCAAAGGUGCAAUUUCUAAAUUUGUAAGAGUAGGUUUAAAAAAAAAAGUGCUUCUUAUCUUUGUUAACAUUGUAUUUUUUUCUUGAUGUACUUAAAAGGUAUUUCUCUCUGAUUACUCCUGUUUAUGUUGUGAGCACGUAGAAACAGUGUUACUAAUGCAUGGCUAGUUGCCUUUUUAAGAUUGUGACACCAGACUUACCUUUUAAAGCUUAGUAUAGAGACAAUUUUCAUGGAAAUAACUACUGUGAACUCUUGAAGAGUGAUCCCUUUGUGAUUUAAGCAGUGGCUGGAUUGGAACUUUUAAUAUGCUAAUGUGGAACAUUAAUUACCUUUAUGAAGGUGGUAUAUUAAGAAAUAAGCACAGUAACCCCUCCGAAGUUGUUUUACCUACUUUAAAACAUUUUAAUGGAUUGCACCUCUGUAAACUAUCCCUCCAAUGUGUAUGAUAUAUUUGAAAAGGCUUCCAUUAAUAUAAUAGCUUUGCUUGCAGCCUUCCAAUCUAUGUUGGUUUACCCGUAGUGUUUUUUAAAGUGUGGUCAGAGGCCACUCUAGAAUGUAUCCCUUCCAAGUGUAGUGAUAGAUCUGUGUUUUUAUUUGAAGUAAGUCAUUUUAACAAAAUGUUCAUUCAUAAUCAUUUAUAAGAAGUACCUAUAUCAAAGGAAUAAAAAAAAAAAAAGCAAUCAGUAUUACUGGACCAAAAUUGGUGUUUGUUUUAACCUUGACUCUUCUUUUGAUUAUUUCUAAUGCUACAAGAAUGCUGUAAAGUGUCUUUUAAAAUGAUGUAGCCUGACAAGACAUUUUUGUCAGUGUAUAAAAAUUAGGUAGUAUUGUGCACUGAUUUUGACCAUUGUGAAAUCUUUUCUCAGUGUAAGUGCAUUUCUAAUAAAAUUUAUGAGUGAAACAAUCUUUGUACAACGACUAGUCAUGCAUCAUCCAUAAUUUUACAAGUUCUUGUAGUAGGUAGCGGGGUAUUACUAGGGUUAUCUGUGGCAUGAUUAUGCAUUCUGUAGUAUUAUUUAAUUAAUUUGGGGGUUUGCUUCCUUUUUUUUACACGUAGAUUAUCUUACUGGUUCAACAUUUUUCUGAUAUAUGCAGUAUUACAGAUAUUCAGCAAAAGUAUUAAUGGGCUUCUUUAAAUUCUAUAUUAUAGUGUUUCAGUUCUGUGUCUUAACAGUUUGUGAUGAUUUUUAAAACUGUCUUUUAAACUUAUGUAAUGAUGUUGAUGCUUUUGGCUUUUUUUUCCUGGUAUUAGAGUUUGUAUUUUCACAAAGAGUGCUUUGUAGCAGGCAUUAUAAUUAAUCUGUUUUGUACAUAAAUGUGCCAACAGCUUGAUGGUGGCGUUUUUGAAAUGUAGAACAAAGUGCUUGCAAAAUGUAAUAAAUACACUUGUGUACUUUGUGUACUUAUUAUUAGUUUCUGCAGUGUUUUUUUUUUUGUGGUUUUUUGUUUUGUUUUGUUUUGUUUUGUUUAUUCCUCUUUCCUAUGUAUGUGCACUCUUUCCAGAUGCAAUAGACGCUGUCUUUUUAGGAUGCUUAUUACCUCAGUUGAGCUGACCUCACAAUGAACUGAGAAUUCUGUGUAUGUCAUGCAGCAUAGGGAGGCUAGGGAGCUGGGGAGAGGGCAAAGGUGUGAAGAUUUUGGAGGUCAUUUAAUUUAGCAAAAUGAUAACAGUUCCCAACUUAUGCUAUUCCUUGCCUAAUUUUUAUUGUUCUGUGUUUUCUUUAGAGCUUCCUAAACUAGUAGAGAAACAAAAAAGACUAAUUCAAUUCAGAAAGAAAAAUGAUUUCUUGGUUUGCUUCAAAAUUUCAAGGUGAGAACAAUUAAGUGAAAAAUAUAUAUAUUUUCCAGACUCUUUGUUUGUUUGGGUUGUAAUUUCUUCUGGCCAAACUAGAAGUGAUGGCAAUUUAAAAAUAAUAAAACAGUAAUCAAUAAAAAUCUUAAUUUUCACCAGGCCUAA